AUGGUUGUCGAUCUCAGGAAGCUCUUUGAUCUUGCCAUUUUAUUCCUGUUCGAAAUUUUUCUCGUUGCCAAUGCCGAAACGGUGGAGCUUCGGGUGUCAACUUCUGGAGGAAACGAAUCCAGUCCGAUCCUGUAUGGGUUUAUGUUUGAAGAUAUAAAUCACUCUGGAGAUGGUGGAAUACAUUCCCAGCUGCUCCGGAACAAUGGGUUUCAAGGAGAAUCUACUGAUCUCACAGCGUAUAAUUCGGUGGGUAAUGUGACCUUGGGUGUUGACCUUAGAAACCCUCUCUCUGCUGAAAUUCCGCGCAGCCUCAAAAUCUCCGUUCCAGAAGGCGCCUCUGGUGAGGUGGGCUUCUCAAAUGAGGGAUACUGGGGGAUCCCAGUCAAUUCCGAAACAUACACCAGUGCUUUCUUUAUAAAGGGGUCGUAUACCGGCAGAGCCACCCUCAGUCUGAGAAGACGCGCCAACAAUACAUUAUACGCCUCACAGGAUGUCAAUAUUCAAAGUAAUGCGGACAAGUUUACAUAUUAUGAAACGAGGUUCAAACCAGAACAGGCGCCGGAUGGAGAUAACCUUUGGGCAUUGACAUUCAAUGGAUGCAAACUUGCUGGGCGAGAGAUCUAUGUCUCGCUGAUCCAGCUGUAUCCCAGGACUUUUCCGCCUAGGAAAAAUGGUCUUAAACCUUCACUCGCAGACCCCAUUGCGAAUAUGAAUGGUUCGUUCCUUCGAUUUCCCGGGGGCAACAAUCUCGAAGGAAUACAUCCCUAUUCCAGGUGGAAAUGGAACGAAACUAUUGGGCCGCUGGAGAGUCGGCCUGGCCGUGAAGGUACAUGGUCGUAUGCGAAUACCGAUGCCCUUGGCUUGCUUGAAUAUCUCUGCUGGUGUGAGGAUAUGAACCUCAUUCCUCUCCUAACGGUUUGGGAUGGUCUGAGCUUGGGACAAGGUCCAGGAGAUAUCAUCACCGGUGAUGCUCUAAAGCCCUACGUUGAAGAUGUGCUCAAUGAAAUAGAGUUUAUUCGCGGGGAAGCAUCAACGACAUACGGAGCUCUCCGGGCAAAGCUUGGUCAUCCAAAAUCUUUCAAACUAUUACAUGUCGAAAUUGGAAAUGAAGAUCAUCUCUGGGGAGGUGGGCCAUCAUACCCAGAGCGGCUCAUGAUGUUCUACAACGCAAUUCAUGAGAAAUAUCCUGAUAUAAAUCUCAUUGCAAGCACGGGAGAGUACCUCCCGGCGAGGUUGCCAGACGGACUCUGGAUCACUUUUCACACGUACUCUUCACCAAGCGAAUUAGUCUCCUGGUUUAACAAAUUCGACAACGUUGACAGGGCACAUCCCUGGUCUGUUAGCGAAUUUGCGUGCAGCAAAAAUGACGAGGGAGCGCAAAUACCAGAGCCUAAUGUGCAGUGCUCGGUUGCGGAGGCGGUUUUUAUGAUUGGGAUAGAGCGCAACAGCGAUGUUGUGAAGAUGGAGGCAUAUGCUCCGUUGCUGAGAAAUCGAGGGGGCACCCAAUGGACGCCCGAUCUCAUAGAGUUUAACCAUAACCCAAACGGGGUGGUUCUAUCGACCAGUUACUAUGUGCACCAACUGUUCUCACUCUACCGAGGUCACACUAUCCUUGAAGUACUGUCCAACCGCCCCUUUGGGCCAGUUUACUGGGUUGCCUCAAAAUCUGACAGCAGCUACAUCGUCAAAUUUGCCAAUUACAGCCCUGAUAGACAUGAGAUCAAGGUUACAUUUGAUGAUAAAAGGAUCGACUGCACAUGUUCCCUCCACCUCAUCAGUGGCCCACCGGAGGCCAGCAACGUAUACGGUUCAACCAAGGUAACCCCUAACAAAUCGGUCAUUUCACCAAACGGUGAGAAUGGCACGUUUAGGUUAGAUGCGCCCUCAUGGGGGGUAGGCGUGUUGGUUGUGAGCUUCAGGUAG